UCAUUGUUGGUGCUUCAUCACGCGAUUGUCAUUAUUCGUUUCCUCUUCGUGAUAAUAGAUAUAGUAAUAACGAAAUCAUAGCGACGGGAUUGAACCUAAUUACGGAAUUAGAAAGUGUUGAACACUAUCACGCAAAAUGGUGAAGGCGAAAAAAUACGUACUGAUAAAUUAUUUCGUGAAUCAACCAAAGCCGACGGAUCUAAAAUUAGUGGAAGAGGAGUUGCCACCGUUGCAAGAUGAGGAAUAUCUCGUUGAAGCUGAAUACUUUUCUGUUGACCCAUAUAUGAGACUUUACGUGCUAAACUUUCCACUUGGGACUACAAUGAUUGGUGGUCAGGUCGCCAAGAUUAUAGAAUCCAAGAACCCGACCUUCCCGGUUGGUAAGAGGAUAGUCGGAUACCUAGGCUGGAGAACUCACACAAUUAUCAGCCCAAAUAUCGACAACUCGUUUGCCCAACAAAAACCGUACCUUUUGCCAGACAUAGGUGAUCUACCGUCGUCUCUUAGUCUUGGCGUGCUGGGAAUGCCUGGCAAUACCGCAUAUUUCGGCUUGUUGGAGAUAUGUAAACCGAAAUCUGGCGAAACAAUCGUCAUCAGCGGAGCCGCAGGUGCGGUCGGCUCACACGUGGGCCAGAUCGCCAAAAUUCUGGGCCUAAAUGUUAUCGGUAUAUGCGGCUCCGACGAGAAAUGCAAGUGGCUUGUUGAGGAAAUGGGUUUCGAUUUUGCCAUCAAUUACAAGACCAUGCCAGUCGCAGCCAGAUUACGCGAAGUUGCUCCGCAAGGCGUGGAUUGCUACUUUGAUAAUGUUGGUGGAGAUAUCUCCGGUAUAGUCAUGUAUCAAAUGAAUCUAUUUGGUCGAGUAGCCGUGUGCGGCAGCAUAUCGAGCUACGACGCGGAUACCUCGUCCUUGCCUAAAUGUGCAAUCUUACAACCUGCUCUAGUGACAAAUCAACUGAAGAUGGAAGGCUUUAUUGUUAGACGUUGGUUGGAUCGAUGGAAUGAAGGAGUCAUUCAGAAUUUGCAAUGGAUACGCGAGGGCAAGUUGCGUUACCGUGAAACUGUAACAAAAGGUUUCGAGAACAUGUUUGAUGCUUUUAUCGGCAUGCUGCACGGCGAUAACACCGGCAAAGCGAUCGUCCAGGCAUAGAUAUAUAUAUUAAUGCACGCGCGUUCAAGCUGGACAAAGAUGCAGCUAAAACCUACUCGUCGCGAGCGAUUGAAUGCGAGUGAUUAAUUGAAUGAUACUAUAAGUAACAAUCCAUUAUAUUCAAUAAUCAUUUGCUCGGCGAGAAGAAUUUUAUAAUUGCAUUUGCAAUGUUUUCUAUAUUUUGGAGAUGGAGAUAGAAAGAGAAUGGGUUUCGAAUCUUUCGUACUUAAUUAUUUUCAAAGAUCCUUAAUGUUUUUAAAUAAUAAUCAGGCGUUUAGACGUUUAAAGAGCCGGAAUUAAUUAGCGUAAGUUUGGGAAUUAAAAACGUUUGUUUGCGUUUCGUCCAAAAUUUGACGAUCCGUGUGAUCGAAAUAAAGAGAGAAAGAGAGAAUAUAUGGGUAAACGUUGGAACGGACGCUUUGUAUCGCAGAUGCACGCACAAAGGCAAAUCCUGAUGUUUGAUCAAUAAAAAUGUUUUAUAAAA